CGGGCACAUACCUGCCGACUGACUGUCUCCCGGACUCCCCACCCACUGCCUCCCUCCGGCCACCUGGCCUGGCGGAUACCAUACACACACAAAACAGCAGAAGACAAGGCAGCCAGCCAGAGAGGGGAAAAAGAGCCAAGCCAGGUGGUGGCUGGGUGGGGAAGGAGACACAGUGUGCCCGCCGCAGACCACUCAACAACUGUACGUACCUGAUUGACUCUGCGUCCGCAGUGCACGCAGUGAGUGCACUGCACGCCACCCACCCACUCACUCACCCACCCAAUGGAGGCCAGCAAAACGAGACGAGACAGUCCCUCUGUCCCUCCCUCCCUCCUUCCGAGACACCCACUGCACUAACUGCAUCCUUUCCUUCCCCAUACUCACACAUGCACAUGUGUGUAUCAUCUCUCCGGUCAUGUCAUGUCUUGUCCGCCCCACCCCUCUCCCCGCCCUCCCCCUGGCUCCCAACAGCAGCGUUGACCAACUGAAGGGCCGUUCCAGCCACUGCUAAGCGCAUGGGAAGCAAGGGGACCGGCUGCUGUCUCGGCUGCUGUCUCGGCUGCUGCUCCUUCUCGGCCUUAAUCUCGGUCAGCUGAGGCGAUCUGCUGCGGUCGUCCGCCGAUGGGGAAGGGUCGUCUCUGUCAGCAGCCUCGUCGCCGCUGUCCACAUCUGGCAGGGACGAGGCGAGAUGCAGCACAUCGCCCAGAUCCGGCGGGUGGUCGAGAUGCAGCCCUGUGGCCCUGAAGGCUUGGUCGGCCCGGAGCCUGUCGACGCCCACCCGAUAGCUCUCCAGGGCCCCUUUCAGCCGGGCGGUGGCCUCUUUGUACUGCCGCAGGUGCCGUCUCUUGACCCUGAGCUCCUCCUCCAGAGGGCCGAUCCGGUGCAGCGCCUCCCUCUUACGUCGCUGUGACUCCCGUGCACUGGCCCUGUUGCGCCUGAUCCUCACGCAUGACCGGCAGUUGCACGAGGGGUCGUUGCCUUUGAGGGUGCAGCCGGUCUUGCUCGUGGUCGGAUCCUCGGAAAUGGGUUGCAGCGCGUCAGAGAGAACCCUCGGAUGCCUCUCUCGCAUCGCCGUGGCCGUGUGGUUGACAAUCGUGCUCGACCGUUUCCUGGGGCCAGGCGGCCGUGUCGGCUGGUCGGGCAGGCCUUCGUCCGCCAGCUCGCCCUUGGGUGCCACAUCGGUGUCCAUGGGCGUGGUGCCGGUGUCUGCCGACUUGUCUGCCUCCUGCAUCCAGUGCCAGUCGGCGGGAGGGGGCUGGGGGAAGGGUGGGUGGGCGUAUGGCAGGGGCACUGGGGCUGGGACAUGGGAGUAGGAAAGGGGCGGCGCCGUCGCCAGGGGGGGCGGAAUGGCCGUGGCCGGGAAAGGGUCGCCUCUCUGCUGCAGGUACUGCAUUAUCGGCUGACAGCAACAAAGCAGCAACGACACACACAUCACACAUCCUCUCUGUCUGUCUGCCUGAAAGCUGCUGUCCGUUUGCUGCAUACCUACCUACCUGGUAAGCGUCUGGCGGCAGCAGCCGCAACAUGUUGAUGACCUCCUGCGAGCUAUACCCCUGCAGCUGCCUGUGGAGGUCCUCCAUCGACGGCGGAGACUCAAACAAGCAGGGCGGCCCCACACCCGCCGGUGGCAGGGGGUCCUCCUGCGGCACAAACAUCGCAAAUUCCUGCCGCACGGCAUCCCGGAUGAGCGGCAGCAGCCCGAAGGCGUCCUUGAGGGCCGGCACACUAUCCAUGAGCUCGUGGAAGGCCAUGACGCCGGGGCAGUAGAAGGUCCCAUCCUGGGAGAACAGACUCUUGAUGUCAGGGGUGGGGUCAGGGGUGGGCUGCCGCCCCAGCGACUCCAGCCUGUGGAACAGGAGGUUUAGCCGGGGCACCAGAUCCACGCCGCUGAGGCCCUCCGCGCCGCCGCCAUAGAAGCGAUAGAGCAGGUUGGUCCUCUCCAGGGGCGGGGGCGGUGUUGAGGUGAGCUGCAGGAGCACGCACAGGUUGCGCAGGAAGCAUCUGGGGGUGAGGUGGCCGGUGGCCGAGCCGUGGAUGAGCGCUUGCAGGAAAAGAUCUGCCGUGAGCUGGGAGAAGAGGGGGUGGGAAGAUGGGGCAGACGGAGAUGGGCCUGCAGUGUCGGUAUCGUCGGCCUCAGACGGGUCCAGCCUGCACACACACACACACACACACACGUGUGCACACAUGCCAGACAAGAGAUGGAGAGAGUUCCCGUGAAGGCUCCCUCGUCACCUUUGGUUGAGUGCCAGCCAUUCCUCGCGCGUCAUGGCGGCAUCGCUGCUCUCGAAAAUCUUCAACUCGUCCAGCGUGACAUUCUGAUGGACAAGCUUCAUCAGAAAGGCCUCCAUCCCAGCUGCUGCUCAGAUCAUCAGCUCAGACCGCAGAAGGAGAGCCAGAAGCGCCUCCCCGAUGCUGUAGCUCCUCUGGUGCACCUAGCUGCAGAGAGGCCCAUAGUGAACGAAGGCGUCGUCGAAUCGUAACUUCGAUGUGUGAACGGCGGAUCUCGAACUGUCGCCAUGACGACAGCGCCAUACUGCUGAAAACAGAGGGGAAAUCUCGGUGGCCUAGUGGC